AUGGGCCAUACUGAGGACUCAGAUAAGCUUGCUGAGCUAGGCGAAGGCCCGGACUUACUCUACUUCAAUCGCUCGUUUUCUAGCACACGAAGUGAUAUUGACGAGGCGCAGCGUAUAUCUAAGGGUGACGAGAGUCUCUCGUCAGAGGCAUUUGAAUUAGCCAUCGAUCGAGUCACGGAACAAAUUGACAUAGGCCAGAUUCUUAUCGAUAUCUUUUAUAAUCAAACUUCAGUUGGCGGCUUUUCUCUUGAUCCAGCAUUCCAGAUUUCUCAGGAUGCCGACAUUAUAACAGUCACCAAUACUCCCAAGGGCAAAACUUCUGAUAUUCAAUACCUUAUCCAUGCGCUUUUUCUCAGCUCCAUCCGCGACACAGCAGAACUCUCCCUCUUAGAAAGCACAGCGCGUCUCUUCACAACAUCAAUGUUCUCCCACCUCCCAGCUAAUAAAACCCUCAUUCUCAAAUUCUUCAUCCCAAAGUCCCCUUCUUGGUCGGCUAUUCGCUCCGCCCAAGACGAAGUUCUCGAAAUUCUAUCCCAGCAAACUCAAGGAAGAGGGCCGAGAAAAUCCCUUCCCUAUCGGCGCUCUACACAAUAUCCCGCAUGCGACGAUCAAACCCCAACCGCAAAUCGGAUCACUCCACAAGACCCCGAAAAAUCUAUCAUCAUAGCACAAGGCAAAUACUGCGACCUCUUUCGCCUAUUCACAGUUGUGCUCGAUCGCGCCAAGUUUAUCUCCGAGGCCGGAGUUUACUUCUAUAUGGCGGACCUGGAUGCUUCCAAGGAUUCGAACCCUUUUAUGGAGUUCGCAGGUUGUGCGAGGCGUGGACAUGAGUACGGUUGCUGGGCGGUUGGGGUGGUUGUUCUUGUCGGAUAA